AUGGCCUCUGAAAUGCACAUGGCUACCCUCCCCUGCCUGAGUUUGUUCCUGAUUCUCUGGAGCUCCACGCCAGGGAUCUUGGGCCAAGAAUUUCGAUUUGGGCAUUGCCGAGUACAGGGGGUAGAGCUCCAGAAACUAAGGAAGGCCUUCUGGACCGUGAAGGACACUGUGCAAGCUCAGGACCACAACACAAGUGUACGACUGCUGCGGAAGGAGAUUCUACAGAAUGUCUCGGAUGCCGAAAGCUGUUACUUCAUCCGUUCUCUGCUGAAAUUUUACUUGAAAACUGUUUUCAAGAAUUACUACAACAAGACAACUGAACUCCAGAUCCUACGGUCAUUUUCUACUCUUACCAACAACUUUAUUGUCAUCAUAUCAAAACUGCAACCCAGUGAAGAAAAUGAGAUGUUCUCCAUCAUUGAAAGUGCACAUAGGCAGUUUCUGCACUUCCAGGGAGCAUUUAAACAGUUGGACACAGAUGCAGCUCUGACUAAAGCCAUCGGGGAAAUGGACAUUCUCUUGACCUGGAUGGAGAAAUACUACCAGCGUUGA